GUUUUGUCAAUUAAGUGAAACGUAUAAAACAAAGCAUUGCUUUCUUCAUCGAGUCGACAUGUCCAUGCAAGCCAAUCUUUCGAAUUACGAAAAGUACCUCAAGUACAGGCGCCCUGGAGGGUUCGAAUUUUCUUAUUCUGGUGACAAAACCUAUGUGUGGGUUCCAAAUAAGGCAGACGAAUACGUUAUAGGGAGUGUAGUGUCGGAGAGCGACCAAGGAGUCGUAGUCUCUAUGCCCGACGGGAGCGAAUGCACCUUAUCCAAAGAACAGGUAGAACAACUCAAGGUCAACCCUCCAAAGUUCGACGGAGUUGAAGAUUGUUCAACAAUACCGUAUCUCUCUGAUGCCUCGGUGUUGCAUAAUCUUCGCCUUCGAUACGAUGUCGAUAUCGUCUACACUUAUUCAGGGUUGUUCUUAGUGGCACUGAAUCCCUACAAGUCCAUACCUAUUUAUACCCAAGAAAUCAUCAAUCUUUACAUAGGUAAGGGACGAGCGGAUAUGGCGCCUCACGUCUUUUCCUCCGCGGAAACUGCCUAUCGGUACAUGUUGGAGCAGCAAAAAAAUCAAACGAUGCUCAUUACAGGAGAGUCUGGAGCUGGAAAAACAGAAAACACCAAAAAAGUGAUUCAGUAUUUGACUGCGAUUGCCGGUCAUUCCGGAACGCUGGGUCAACUCGAAAACCAGCUGUUGGAAGCAAACCCGUUAUUGGAGGCUAUCGGAAACGCAAAGACGCUGAAGAACAACAAUUCUUCUCGAUUUGGGAAGUUUAUCAAAAUUACCUUCGACAAGGGCGGUUACAUUUCAGGAGCUUCUAUUGUGAGUUACUUGCUCGAGAAGUCGCGCGUGGUGUUUCAGGCUCCCGGAGAGCGUUCCUUUCAUAUUUUUUACCAAGUCUGCAAAGGACUGACGCCGGAGCAAAAGAAGAAGUGGUUCGUUGGUCCCCCAGAGAGCUAUAAGUUCCUUUCCGGAUCCGGGUGUGUUGACGUCAAGGAUAUGGAUGAUGCCAAGGAGUUCAAGCACACACUGGAGGCGAUGAAAAUAUUAGGCUUUAGUGAGAACGAGAUUGAGACGCUGAUCAAAGUGAUUGCGGGUGUGCUUCAAUUGGGGAAUCUGGAGUUCUUGCCGGAAAAUUCGGGCGAAUCGUCGCGUAUUCAGAACAGGGAGCCUUUGAAUCACGCGUGUGAGUUAUUGGAUGUUCCGGUGGAUGUGCUGGAAGACGGGUUGCUGCGUCCGAGAAUCAAGGCUGGAAAAGACUUGGUGUCUACCGUUUUGAAUCCAGAAAAGGCGUCGAAUUCUCGCGACGCCCUGUGCAAAGUGCUGUACGGUCGUAUGUUUUUGUGGGUGGUCCAAAAGAUAAAUCAGACGUUGCAAGUGAAGCCGACGCAUUUGAGCAUUGGCAUUUUGGACAUUGCUGGAUUUGAAAUUUUUAAGUUUAACAGUUUUGAACAGCUUUGCAUCAACUACACGAACGAGAGGCUGCAACAGUUCUUCAACAAUCACAUGUUUACGUUGGAGCAGGAGGAGUACAAGCGCGAGAAGCUGGACUGGGAGAUGAUUAACUUUGGAAUAGAUUCUCAAAUCACGAUUGAUUUGAUUGAGAAAAAGCCCAAGGGCAUUUUGGCGUUGUUGGACGAGGAGUCUGUGUUUCCGUCUGCCACGGACUUGACGUUUAUUGCCAAGUUGAAUGCGGCGCACGCUGCGAAGCAUCCGAAGUACCGAAAGAGUAAGUUAGGGUCUUCUGACUUGACGUUUACGGUGGUUCACUAUGCUGGAGACGUGGAAUACGACGCGAGCAUGUGGCUGGAGAAGAACAAGGAUCCGUUGCAGCACGAUUUGGAGGCGUGCUUUAAGGACAGUAAGAAUUUGGUGAUUGCUGCGUUCGUGACGCAGUAUUCGGUGGACGCGUCGACGGCCGAAGAGGUGGUGGCGGGUCGAUCGAGUUCUCGAAAGAAGGGUUCGGCGUUUAUUACGGUGGGUUCGCAAUACAAGGAACAGCUUUUGGAGCUGAUGGACAUCCUUGGGAUGACUCACCCGCAUUUCAUUCGCUGCAUUUUGCCGAAUCGACAGCAGAUACCUGGGAAGAUUGAGGCGCCGAUAGUGUUGGAUCAGUUGCGAUGCAACGGGGUUUUGGAGGGGAUUCGAAUAUCUCGAAAGGGGUUUCCGAAUCGCCUGAUUUACGCGGAGUUUUUGAAGAGGUAUCACUUGCUGGCGCCAGGUUUGGGGAAGAGGGCGGCUGAUCCGAGACAGGCGGUGCAGUCGUUGGUUGAGGUGUUGGUGAGCAAGCAGUUGAUUACGGAUCCGGACGAGUACCGAAUGGGUACGACUAAGAUUUUUUUCAGAACUGGAGUGAUUGGGCGAAUUGAGAGGGCGCGCGAGCAGCGCAUUGCGGAGUUUAUUCCGGUGAUUCAGGCGGCGUCGAGGGCGUACUUGGCUCGAAGGUACUUCAGUUUGUUGUAUCAGAGGAAGAUGGCGUUGGCGGUGAUACAGCGCAACGUGCACGCGUGGUUUGAGUUUAAGAACUGGCCUUGGUUCAAGUUGUACACGAAGGCGCGCCCGUUGUUGAAGCGUCGAAAUUUCGAGAAGGAGUUGGAGGAGCAGCAGGAGAGGAUUAAGAGGUUGGAGGAGGCGAACAAGGGGGAGUCGCAGAGGUGUCGGGAGGUGUCGGAUUCGUUGAACGCGUUGCAGAUGGAGUACGACAAGGUGAAGAUGAGGAUUGGGGAGUUGGAGGGGGCGAGGGAGAAGUUGGAGGAGGAGAAGCAGGAGAGCGAUCGAGCGCGAAAGAUUUUAGAGAGCAAGGUGGAGGAGUUGAAGGCGAUGAUUGAGGAUCGCGAGAUGUCGUUGGAGGAGUUGGACUUGACGCAGGAGAACUUGACGAAGAAGUUGCAUUUGCUGGAGAAGGAGUUGGAUGAGGAGAUUGCGAAGACGGAUCAGCUGACGGUGGAGAAGAAGAAGAAUUUGAUUGAGUUGGAGGGUUUACAGAGUCAGUUGGAGUUGGUGCAGGAGGAGUUGUCUUCGUUGAAGCGGAACAACCAGAGGUUGGAGGAGGAGUUGAUGGAGGCGGUGAACAAUCGGGACAGCGAGCAGAACGCGAAGGAGCAGUUGCAGCGUUUGAGGAAGAAGUUGCAGGACGAUUUGGAGUCGCUGACGGAGGAGUGCCAGGGGAUGAGGCAGGAGAGGCAGGAGUUGCAGAAGAGUUUGAUGAAGGCGGAGCAGAGCGUGAAGGAUUUGAAGAACGCGUUGGAGUUGGAGAGUGCGGGGAGGGAGUCGGUGGAGGGGCAGUUGAGGGUGAGUCAGGGUGAUUUGAAGGAGUUGAGAGAGGAGUUGGAGAAGAGGGGGCGAGCGAUACAGGCGUUGGAGAAGGGGAGGAGGCAGUUGGAGAUGAAUUUGGAGCAGUUGCAGAGUCAGUUGGAGGACGAGGACAAGAGUUAUGGCGAGUUAUCGAAGAGGGCGAGGAUGAAGGAGGAGGAGUUGGCGGCGGUGCAGGACGAGUUGAAUCGAGAGAUAGAGGAGAGAGAGAGGAUGUCGAUGUCGCAGGCGAGGUUGGAGAAGGAGAUAGCGAGUUUGAAGGCGCAGUUGGCGGACGCGUUGGCGCAGAUAGCGCGUUUGGAGAAGGCGAAGGCGCAGUUGGAGAGCAUGGUGGAGGAGUUGAGGGGGAAGUUGGAGGAGGGGGAGAGGGUGAUUGCGAGGUUGACGAAGGAGAAGAGGGAUUUGGAGGGGACGUUGGAGGGGAUGGUGGGACAGUUGGAGCAGCAGUCGAGGCAGCAGGCGGCGUUGGAGAAGUUGAAGGGGAAGAUGGAGUCGGAGUUGAAGUCGUUGAGACAGGGGUUGGAGGGUGAGAAGACGGCGAGAGCGGGUUUGGAGCGAAAUUUGAAGAAGGCGCAGCAGGAGUUGGAGGCGUUGACGCAGGAUUUGGAGGCGAUGGAGAGGGCGAAGUUGGCGGCGGAGCGAACGAAGAAGGAGUACGACAUGGUGUCUAGUGGGAUGGAGGAGGAUUUGAGGGCGUUGCAGGAGGAGAAGGUGGGGUACGAGAGGAGGUUGAACCAGUUGGGGUCGGAGUUGGAGGAGUUGGAGAGUCAGUUGGAGGAGGUGAGGGGGGAGAGGGACGAUUUGUUGUCGGAGAGGGUGAAGAGUGAGUGUCGUUUGGACGAGUUGCAGAGGGCGUUGGAUGGGGAGAGCAACGCGAGCGCGAGGUUGGACGGGAUGGUGAAGAGGUUGGAGUCGGAGUUGCAGGAGGCGAGGGACGAGUUGGAGAGCGAGAGGAAGAAGAGUGGUCAGUUGCAGAAGAUGCAGAAGAGGGGUCAGUCGGAGGUGGAGGAGUUGGGGCAGCAGGUGUCGGCGUUGGAGAGGUCGUUGGGGGCGAGUGAGAAGCAGAGGAAGAAGCAGGCGCAGGAGUUGAAGGAGGCGAGGAGGAGUUGUACGGAGUUGCAGUCGGCGUUGGACAUGUCGAACGGCGAGUUGUUGGUGGUGAGGGAGAGGUUGGAGGAGUCGACGAGGUAUGGGGAGAAGAUGGGGGAGAGGGUGGCGGCGUUGGAGGGGGUGAAGAGGCAGUUGGAGGAGAGGUUGGGCGAAGUGGAGGAGGAGAUGAGGGUGAUGGGGUUGUCGAAUCAGAAGUUGCAGAAGGCGGUUAAGGAGUUGGAGAGGGAGUUGAAGUCGGCGUUGGAGUCGAGCGUGGAGAUGCAGGAGGUGAGUUUGUUGAGGGAGAGUUUGGCUAGGAGUCAGAGCGAGUUGGAGCAGCAGAGGGGGGUGAUGGAGAAGCAGAGGGCGGAGAAGCAGAGGAUGGAGGAGGAGAGGUCGUCGAUGAUGAGGGAGUUGGAGCAGUUGAGGGCGUCGAUGGAGGAGGAGGUUAGGAAGUGCGCGAGGAAGGAGAGGGAGCGAGAGGCGUUGAUGGAGGAGUGCGAGGCGGCGGCGAGGGAGGUGGAGGAGCAGAGGGCGCAGAGCAAGAAGUUGUUGAAGAAGGUGGAGAAGUUGAAGAGGGAGGGAGGGAAGUCGGCGUUGUCCGGGGCGGAGGUGCAGGGGAUGAGGUCGGAGUUGGAUGGGUUGAGAAGUGAGUUGGAGCGCGAGAGGGGUCAGAGGGCGUUGGCGGAGAGAGAGAUGGGGGCGUUGUUGAAGCAGGUGUCGGAGUUGAAGGCGGAGAAGAGGGAGGUGGAGGAGGCGCGAGAGGCGGGAGAGAGGCAGAGGCGAAGGGUGGAGAGCGAGUUGAAGAAGGUGAGGCAGGAGUUGGAGGGUUUGGAGCAGCAGGCGGCGGAGUUGAAGGAGAAGGUGUCGAAGAGGGAGUUGGAGCGUGCGGAGGCGAGCCGGAAGUUGGAGUCGGAGUGUGGGUUGCGGGCGAAGUACGAGGCGCAGUGCAAUGCGCUUGAGAGUGAGCAGCGCGAGCUGAAGUUGAGGGUUGAGGGGAUGGAGAGGGUGAGAGGGGAGGCGGAGGCGAGGAUGAGGCAGGUGGAGAAGGAGUUGGCGGAAUGGAGGAGUCGAGCGGAGGACCUUGGUUUGGAGCAGGAGAGGUUGAGGAGGGAGGCGAAGGUGCAGGGGGAGGAGAGUCGAAGGUUGAGGGUGGAGGUGGACGAGUUGAAGUUGGAGAGGGACGAGAAAGAGCGUUUGUGGCAGAGGUGCCAGCAGGAGUUGGAUUCGUUGAACGCGCAAUACGAGCAGGACCACCGUCUGCGAUUGCAGGCGCAGAAGGAGUUGCAGAUAUCGGAGAACCAGGUGAAGAGUUACCGAGAGGAGUUGGAGCAGCACCGAAGACAGAAGUCGCAGCACGCGAAGCAGCUGAGCGACCUUCGCCAAGAGUUAUUGGAGUGCCGAGGUUCGAACCAGGAGUUGUCUUCUCGUUUAUCGAGCGUGCAGUCGGAGGUCGAGAGUCUGCAGCAGUCGCUGGCGAGUGCGAGCAAGUCGCUUGAGCGCGAGUCUCAGAACCGCCAGGUGGUGGAGGAGAUGAAGAUUUCUUUGGAGCGCGAAUUGUCGCAGGUUCGCGCCCAGUACGACCACGUUUGCCAGUCUUUGAGUGCCGCCGAGCGCGGCCGACACGACAGCGAGGCGGAGGCGUCCGCAUUAGCCGAGCAGGUGGAUAGCUUGAAGGUCCAGUUGGCUGCGGCGAACAAGGCGCAGUCCAACUUGGAGACGGACCUUGCGACGCUCAACCGCAAGCUGACUGGCGUUCAAAGCAAAUCCAACCAGUUUCAGUCAGAGUUGUCGCGCGUCGAGGGAGACCUCAAGCGCACGAAGGCGCGUCUCCAAGAAUACGAGGAGACUGCCUCGAGUGCGAGCGUCAACUGCCGCAUGCUAGAGGAUCAGGUCGCGAAAUUGAAGGAAGAGCUCAUCAGCAAGGAAGAAGCGCUGCAAAGCGUCCGAUCUGACCUCGAAAAAGAAAGGUCCAAGUUCCUCGCCUUUCAAGAGCACGCUCGUUCCAUGUCCAGCUUCUUCAAAUAAAGAGGGAGAAAAAAUAAAAUAAAAUAAAUUUGUCAUUCAAUAAACUCUGAAGUCGCACAUGUUGUGGUGGCGCGCC